AAAAAAUCUACUAAAUUAUCACGAAAAUCUUCAUAUUUCUAAUAAUUUUUAAUUUUAUUUUUUUUUUAGAAUAGAAAAAUAACUUUAUUCUGGGACACAGUCCCUUGAGAAUAACAAAAUAGAACAAAAUUAAAAUAUUACAUCUGGCCAAAAUAAAAUAAAUCGAAAAAAAGAAAUAAUGUAAAAAAAAAAUAUAAGGUAAAAAUUCUAUAUACAAAACAAACUAAACUAUAUACAAAACCAUUAAUACUAUGACAAGAAACUUAAAGCUAUUUGCUCUUAUAGACCAGUAUACACUUUUCCGAAAAAAAUAAAGAAUUAAAAAAUAAAAAUGUAUCAAAUUCUCUAUUAAAAUCCGCUCGAAUGGUUAGCAAGUAUCUGACUGUUUUUGUGAUAGGAAUUGGAAUAGGAGGGAUUUGAAUGUGGAUAUGGAGGGGGAAUGUCGAAUUUUGAUAGGGAAGGAAUUCCAGAAAUUGACAGAGCGAACAAUAAAGGAAUUUUGGAAUGAGGCAGAUCUGUGAGAAGGCAUGUAAAGGUCAGAAGGUCGAGAUCUUGUGGACAGGGAAUGGACUGAGGAUUUGAACUGGAGAAGGUUGUAGGCGUAAGUCGGACGAUGGUUGUUGAUGAUUUGGUAGAGGAACGUACCUAGAAAGUAUUGUCUUCGGAAGGAGGGGAAGAGCCACCUUUACUCAGUGUAGUGGUGAGAGACAUGGGAGUACCUCGGGGCACCAAUAACAAAUCUUACGCAGCUAUUCAUUAAUCUGUUCAGUCUAUCACGGAGCUCCACCGAGAGGCCAUCAUACACCACACAGCUGUAGUCAAAGUGGGGGAAGAUGAGAGAGGAAAUUAGGAGUCUACGGAUAUGUUGAGGUAGGAGAUGGCGGAAGCGAUGAAAUAGUUUAAGGGUAGAAAUUGUCCGACGGGAAAUGUGAGAAAUAUGGUAGGUCCAGGAGAGGGUUUGAUCUAUGAAAAAUCCUAAAUUUUUAACAGAGGAGUAGAAAGAAAUUGGCUGGUCAUUAAGGUGUAAUAUGGGAAAGUCAGUAUGGGAUCUAAUGAGGGGCUAGGAACCAAUGACAAUGGCCUGAGUUUUGGCAGCAUUUAACUUUAAUCCAUUUACAUUUCAAGGUCUUCUUGAAUCUUGGCAAAUGCCCCCAGUAACUCAGAGGGAGAAAAGGUUAGGUAGAUCUAGGAAUCAUCUGCAUAAAGGUGAUGGGAAUAAUGGAGAAUUGAUUUAGGUAGGUCGUUAAUGUAGGAGCUGAAAAGGAGAUGAGAUAUGCUUGAACCCUGGGCAACUCCAGAGGAUAAAGAAAGGAAAGCAGAUAGUGGUUGGUUGGGUAUUGCUACUGCUUGGGUGCGUUGGGAGAGGAAAGAUUGGAACCAGGAGAUGGAACUAUUGGAGAAAGAUAAUGAUUUUAGUUUGUUGAAGAGGAUGGAAUGGUUGAUGGAAUCGAAAGCUUUUUAGAAGUCUAGAAGAAUGAGGACAGUUAAUUUUCUAUCAUCUAUUGCAGAUUGAAUGUCGUUAGUAAUUUUAAUUAAGGCAGAUUGUGUGGAAUAGCCGGGACGCAAACCAGAUUGGAGAGGAUCAAAUUGGUUGGACUUUUCGAGGAACUUGGAGACUUGAGAUUGCACUAGUCUUUCAAGAGGCUUUGAGAGGUUAGAAAGAAUUGAAAUUGGACGGAAAUCUUCGGGUGAGGAUGGAUUAGGCUUUUUAUUUAAAGGAAGGACAAUGGCUUUUUUCCAAGAGGUAGGGAAUACUGAAUUCUGAAGGGAGAAAUUGUAGAUAAAAAGGAGAGCUGGGAAGAUUUCAGGUAGACAUAUUUUUAUUAAUUUGACAGGAAUGCCGUCUGGCCCUAUAGAAUUGGUGUGGGAUUUCAUUACCGCGGUUAACAGGUCUGUUAGAGAAAUGUCGGAAAAAUAAAAUUUAUUGUCGUUAAAGGAUAUCUCUGGAGCAAAGCCAGAAGAGGAAGGUAGAGAAGAGGUAUUAGCGACAGAUAUAAAAUAAGAGUUUAAAUCAUCGGAGGAUACAGGAUAGGCUGCGGUAGGGGAUCUGGAAGGAUUACCAAUGGAAAGUUUACGAAGCAGUAGCCAUUUCGAUUUGAUAUCAGGAGCUGAGGAAAGGGUUUCAUGGAAGUAUGAAGCUUUCGCACGCCGGAUCCUUGUCUGUGCCAAGCUGCGAAGCACCCUGAACGCUUGGUAGUCAUCUGCAAGCCUCGUACGUCUAAAACGUCUUCGGGCAGCGUCGCGCCUCUUCUGCAGAUCUUUGAUUUCCUGACACAUCCAAGGAGCAGGCCGGUGACGAAAGGUAGAGGUUUUGAGGGGAGCAUGGGUAUUGAGAAUAUUGAGAAGAUUGGUGGUAAGAAUGUCAACCAUGGAGUCGAUGGAAGAGCUAGAAUAUAUUCCAUUCCAGUCUAGGGUUUCUAGGUCAGGUAAUAUUUUUUCUCGAGUAAGGGAAUCUAGGUGACGGAAGGUGAUAGUUCGAGGCUGGAUUGAAGGAGUUUGGAUAUUAUAUGUUAUUUGUAUAAGAUCGUGAGAUGAUAAGAAUGAAACUGGCAAUUGAGAAGAGCAGAGGAGAUUUUGUACAGAGUCUAUAAUGUAGAAGUCUAGCCAAGUGUCUGACCUGCUGGUGUGGUGGGUGGGGGAAAAUGGAACUAUGAAGAGGUGCAGAGAGAAAAUUAGGUUUUCUAGAUAGGAUUUGUCAUUGGAGAGGAAAUUGGUAUUGAGGUCACCGGAGAUGAUUAUUCUGGGAUAUAGAGGAACGAAGUUGAAUAGGGUUGAUUCGAAGGACUGAUCAUAUGUAACAUGGGGAGGACGAUAUACCACAGUGUAAAGGAGAGGAAGAUCCUUACAAUGGAUUUCUACUAGAAGGUAUUCAACCUGAGGAUGAUCGGAGGGUGGUGAGGAAUCGAGGAUUCGAGUCUUCAGGCUAUUAUGGACAAACAUGGCUACUCCUCCGCCAUUCCGGCUUACCCGGUCAUGAAGGAGGAGGGUGUGAUUAGGCAAGGAAACAGAAGAGGAAGGGAUGUAAGGUUUAAGCCAAGUUUCCGAGAUAGCGAUAAUAUGAUAAAUGUUUUGAGUGAAAUAUUGCAGGAACUCGUCAUAGUGGGCAGGGAGGGAUUGAGAGUUAACAUGACAGGUGAUUAGGGUACUAGACAUGAGAGGAAUUGGGAGGGAAACAGUCAGAGUUUGGUAGAGAAACUCUAAAACAAAUAGAAAAUACAAAAAGGCGUUUACAAUUAAUGAAAAUAGCAGAAAAGAAAGUGUAAGCAGGAACCAAAAGAAAUAAAAAACAUAUGGUCAACAAAAUAUAAAUUAGUGUGUAAGUGUGAAGAGAUAUCUCUAUGCGUAGAAGUGAAAAUGUUCCUUUGUAGAUAAUUGAGUUCAAAGUUAUUUUAAUGAGGAUGAGGAAUAGACGAAUUCUUCGUGGUCAGGCAAAUAUAUCGAGGUCCGAGGCCUGUUCAAUCAGAAUAACUUUAUGCCCGUCCUCCUUUCGACAUCGCACCUUUCCGGCGGCAAACCACAUAUAUUUGAUUUUCCCCGCAGCUCUCUUCUGUCGGGCAAGCCAAUAUAAGUGUCUGUUCGUGGGAGUCAUUUCCUCACUCAGAUAUAUCCGGUGACUGUCAUUCUCCUGCCAGCCGAUAUCCCGAGUAGUGAGGUCCCUCUUGACUUUCCUCUUCGUUAUUAAGUCGUCCCUGACUGACUGUUUGACAAAGCGCGCGAUGACAGGCGGCGGUCGUGGGUCAUCUUUUCUACUUCUGCGGCGAUGUACUAUGUCCAAGUCAUCUGUACUGAGCCUGAUGCCCAAACUUGCUCCAAUGCUGGUCACCAAAGCUGCGGGCGUUUCACCAGUUCGCUCCGGUAUCCCUCGGAUCUCCAGUGAUCUGGAUAACAAGCCCUGCUCUGCGUUAUUCAGGCGAACCUCCAAUUCGCCCACUCGAGAUUUGAGGGCUUUAUUUUCCAGGAUAAUUUUUUCGAAAUUACUGGCUUGACUUUCGAGGUGUUUCUCAAUUUUCGAUAAUUUUUCAUUAAGCUCAAAAUUGAGCUCUCCAUAUUUAUCGAGGGUUGUUUUUAUGUUUUUUAUGUCUUCAUUGACACUCGAGUCUAAGCGAUUUACUGCCGCCAGUAUUUCUGAGGCGGACGGCUCAGUGUUAGGUUUUUUGGUCUGGUCACAAUUAGGGCAUACCCAUGUUUUUUUGUGUGCUUUUAAGGCUUCAAUUUCUUUUUCACUUAGAUUGAGACACCGACCGUGAAAAAUAAUUUUGCAUUUUACACAACAAAGAUUGUUUUUAUCUUCGCGUGCAAUAGUAUUAUUGCAAAUAUUACACUGCACCAUAUUUAAUUAGAAUAGAACAAUUAAAAUGUAAAUAAAUACCGGGAGAGAGUUGUUUUGAUGAACGCAGUAAACAGUGUUGUCUAAUGCUGUAGGGAUUAGUAGACGUUUACACUCCCGUAGCUUCUAGAACUCAAUUGGAUUCACGACACUUUUUUAAAGUAGAUAAAAGUGAAUAUAUUACAUUAAUCGCAGUGAAUACUAAUACUGUUAGAAGAAAAAUACGAGAUGUUUCGGAACAAAUCGCCCUUUCAAAGUCAUCACUUUUACUAUAUAAGAAGCGGGAAGGACGUGGAGGUGCCGUACGAGAUCGUGCAGCUGCGGCCGGGGACCUACGACGAGGGGUACAGCCUGGAGGAGGCGACGCGCUACAGCCCCGGCUCCGGCCGCUACUACACCACCGACGGCAGCGUCAAGUACGAGCGGGACGACAAGGGCGAAGGCAGCUACGUCACGCUGGAGCCUGUCAACUAUCCGCCCGGCGGCGCCUACCAGGAGCCCGCGGCCGGCUACUACACCUACAAGGAGGAAGAGGAUGUCUACAUCAAGGCGGAUCCGCCGCUAACACCGAAGAACUUCGCGCACUUCGAUCAUCCGGUCACCUCGCAUCCAACGCAGCUCAGUGCACAGGUUACUUACGUGACGGGAGGAGGCAGCCGAGGAGAGUACGUGACGGCCAACCAGCCUGGCUACUGGUCCAGUGAGUACGUCUACCAGCAGCCGCAGCAGGAGAUCCAGCUGCCUCCAGGAACACCCUACGUCUUCUCCAGCAAUGGGCAGGCUACCUGGGCCAUCGACGAGUCUUACGAUCCCAAUAUGCUGUCUACGAGCGACAUCAAGGAGUGCGUAAACUGCGCGGCGAGCGUUACCCCGCUGUGGAGAAGGGACGGGACUGGACACCACCUCUGCAACGCCUGCGGCCUCUACAGCAGGAUCAACGGAGUACACAGGCCACCGGUGAGGACUCACCACAAGAAAGUACACAAUAUUGGCAACAGAAGAAAUGGCGUAAGCUGUGCCAACUGCCAGACAAAUAAUACAACCCUCUGGCGCAGGAACAAUACAGGAGAACCAGUGUGCAAUGCUUGCGGCCUGUAUUUUAAACUACACGGUGUAAAUAGGCCACAUACCAUGAAGAAGGAAGGUAUCCAAACCAGGAAACGGAAACCAAAGAACCCCCAAGUAAACCUUCCAAGUCCUAAAAACGAUAUAAAGACAACAGGUGAAAAAUCAGGCAGUUGGGAUAAAUGUGACAACGACCUACUAGACAGUGGAUAUACGAUGGCUCCAUCAUCCAUAUUUCUUCCUAGUUCCUUUUUAACAAAGCCUGUAGGAGUCAGUGUAUCUGGCUUAGAAAGUGUACCACCCAGUGUCAUCAUUCCACCCACAUCGAGUCAAGACACACAGAGAACUGAAUAACGAAUAUUAAAUACAAAGUUAUUUAUUAUAAAUAUGUUUUAUAAAAUUUAUUUUAAGCUAGUUUUUGUUAUAAUUGUAAAUAAUUAUGAAUUUAAAUAAUAUUAAGAAAUUUAUAUAUGUAAAAAAAAAUUAACAAUAUGUACCUUUUACCAUAAAUUUAUAUAUUUUAGGAGAAUAAAUACCUAAAUUGUAAAAUAUUAAUAUAAUGAUUUUUGUUUUCUAGUCAGGUGAGCUCAUUUUUUCGAAUUACUUUAAUUGAAUCAAACGAUUCAAUUAGGUAUAUUGAAUAUUUAUAUAUAAGUAAUUAUUCAUUAUUUUAAAAUAUAAGUCAAUUUACUUUUUAAAAAUUGGUUUGAUUUUGUUAAAAUGCUUACGUAGUUUUUAUGAUGUGUUAGAUAUUAAAGUUUAUAUACCUCUAUUAGAUGUUACGAAAAAAAAAAAUGAAAUAUACAUUAUGAUAAAAACCAAUUCAUUUUUUAAAAACCAAAAUAUACUUGCUUAUUUAUUU